GUAAUCGGUGGCUGGACUCGUGGGUCUGAUUGUAAUGGGCUGUGCUUAUAGUUAAGCUGACCGCACAUGGACUUUAAUCUGUUUCCUGACAUUUGCUAUUGUCUACCUAAUAGUAAUUUAUAGUGUACAACAAUGGAUUAUUGUUGUUUUCGCCUCGGUAUAGUGCUACACGUCAGACUGAUGGAUACCUUAAAAUGGCAGUCAUUUCGAUGUCAUCUGGAAGCUCUCAUUUCAACAAUGAUCUCUUAUCAGAUUGUAUCGGUCAAAAACAUCUGUCAGAACCCUCGCAACCAUGUCAUCCGCUAAGCCCCAGCAUUUCAUGAACACAUCGGGCGACUCAGACUCCGUCUGGGUCCAUCGCAUGCCCUACUCCGAAUACCCUCGCUUCCCGACCAUAGACCGCGAUAUCUCCACCGACGUCUGCAUCAUCGGUUCCGGCAUAGCGGGUAUAUCCACCGCGUAUGAACUCGUCAACCGCGGUAAACGGGUAACCAUGCUCGAAGCGCGCCAUAUCGUGUCCGGGGAGAGCGGUCGCACGAGUGGACAUCUGACCAACGCGCUGGACGAUGGAUACGAACAGAUCCAAAGCAAGCACGGCUUUCAUGGCGCGCAGAUUGCGGCCGACAGUCAUGGCUGGGCCAUUGAUCGUGUCGGGGAAAUCACGAAGAUACUCGGGAUUGACUGUGAAUACCGUCGACUUCCGGCAUACGAAUUUUCGCAGUAUAACAGGGAAGACCCCAAGCGCGAGCAUGAGAUUCACGGGCUGAAAAAGGAAGUCGAGCUGGCACAGAAACUUGGCCUCAAUGCGACCUUCCGUGAAGGUCUCGCGGUUCCCGGCUGGGAUGGGGAGCCGGACCAGCGCGACGGGGCUGUCUUCCAUGACCAGGCGACAUUCCAUCCAACCCGAUACUUCCUCGGUGUUCUCGAAUGGCUGUCAAAACAGCCAAAUUUCCAGUGCUUUGCGCAGACGCGCAUGAUAUCCCUUGAAGAGAAAGAUGUUGUCCACGUCAAAACCGAACCUGGUUACACCGUGACGGCACGCGACGCCGUCGAAGCAACUUGUGUGCCGCUACAGAAGCUCAGCAUUAUUGCGGAGAUGGAGUACUGCCGGACAUACUGUAUUGCCAUCCGUAUUCCCCAGGGUACUGUCAAGGACUGUCUUAUCUACGACGAGGCAGAGGCAUACAAGUACGCGCGACUGACCGCCUGCGACGACCAGGACGAUUACAUGGUGGUCGGCGGCUGCGACCACAAAGUCGGGCAAGAAGAUGUAAACGGCCGCUUUGACGAGUUGGAGACCUGGACCCGCGAACGGUUCCCCCAAGCCGGGUCUGUGGAUUACCGCUGGAGCGGACAGGUCUUCGAACCCGUCGACUAUAUGGCUUUCAUCGGCAAGAACCAGGGUCAGAACCACGUGUACGUUGUGACGGGCGAUAGCGGCGACGGGCUCACCCAUGGCGUCUUGGCUGGACGAUUGCUGGCGGACGAGAUCGGCGGAAUCAAGAAUCCCUGGGCUUCCCUCUACAAACCCAGUCGUAUGAGCAGCAUUGCCAAGUCUUUGCCCACCAUGUUGGAACACGAUGUCCAGAUCAAUAUGCAAUACAAGCGCUACCUACAGACCGACAUCAAGGAUAUCGAAGAUCUCGGGGCCAACAGCGGCGGUGUGCUCCAUGAUGGUAUCACAUCGAAGCCAGUGGCCGUUUACAAGGACGGAGAGGGACAGACGUACAAGUUCAGCGCGGUGUGUCCUCAUAUGAAAGGUGUCCUGAGCUGGAACCAGACAGAGAAGAGCUGGGAUUGUCCGGUGCAUGGGAGUCGAUUCAGCUGCGAGGGCGUCUGUGUCGAUGGACCAGCCAAGUCUAACUUGACCCCGAUGGAUGGUGCGUCUCGACACAGACAGAUUCCUGUUUAACUGAACUUUGGGACUGUAUAUUGCUUAAAUUAUACUAUAAAUACAUAAUAGCUGUAACAUUCAAUCAUGCAAUAGGAUUAUUAGACGCAUAUAAUACAAUCACACUUGAGGCCGGCUUGGAGAUACUGAUCCCUUGACCUUGGCCGUU